ACACCAUACCUUUCCGACAACCAAGCACCAUGACAGACCUCACCCCGACCCUACGGGAUCUGCUCCAAAGCAAAUCCAAUGCCUCGCGCCUAUCGAAGGGGUAUCUCUCGACCGAGACGGCAGACGAAUUCCUAAAAGAAGCCUACCGGAUUAACAACCACAUAAACUCCCUCCUAACCUACCUCCACCGCAUCCGCCCAUCCUACCUCUCCAUCAACCCAACACCGCAAUCCCAACGAAACCACCACAAAGAACCCCCUACCUCCUCCCCAACGACAACCACCUCAAACCUCCAAACCGGUUCCCUCGACCCAACCAAAGAACUAACCGACACAACCCGCACCGAAAUCGACACGGAAACCUCCACGCUCCUCCGCCAACUCUCCACCUCGAUCUCCACGCUCUCCUCCGCCGAAACCCUCCGCCAGGAGACCAAAGCCCAGCUUCUGAGAAAGAAAUACGGGGGCGCGUCGGGCCUGCUUGCGCGGUGGGCGGCGGGGGGGUCCGCGCCAGCUGAUGAUAAAAUUGCGGGGAAGACGGCGGAGCAGGUUGUCGAGGAGGCGCAAGAGGAGGCCUUGAAGAUGGUGCGGGGCAGUGUGCUCUGGUUUCUUAGGCGGGGGUUGGAGAGGGCGGUUGAGGUGCAGCGGGGGAUGGUCGAGAAGAGGGUCGAGAGGGUUAGGGAGAGGGAGAGGAGUGUGCUUUAUCUUUCGGUUGCGCAGCAGGGGGUUAUGGAGAAGGGUAUGGGGGUGGGGCUGGGGCAGGGACCGGGGCAGGGGGCUGGGGUGAUGACGCUCCCGGAGGAGAUGGUGACGCAGGGCCGGAGGCUCGAUGAGAAGGAACUCCAGGCUAUUGAGGCGCAGUUGACGCCUGAACAGUUGCAGUUGUUUGCCGAGGAGAAUGAUCAUAUGGUUAGGUAUUAUGAGGAUACCUUGAGUAAGGUCCGGAACGCCGAAAAGUCUCUCUUGGAAAUCUCCUCCCUCCAGCAGACGCUCGUCGCCCAUCUCUCGACCCAGGAAGAAUAUAUCAGUCAGUUGGUUACGGAUGCCGGGAAUACCCAUUCCAACAUUGGAGAGGGAAACAAGGAGCUCAAACGCGCCAGCGAGCGGCGGAGUACUGCUCAGGCUGUCUUCUGGGGCACCGUCGGGCUGUGUACGUGGUUGGUGGUAUGGGACUUGGUCUUUUGAAAACAUCAUUCAAAACUGUACAGUAGACAUUCUAAUUCUUUUGCGCAUUAUGAGAACCC